AUGUCAAACAAAGAGGACACCCGAGAACAGACCACGCCUAUCCUUCGUUUAAGAGACAAGACUCUAAACGAGCCGAACACGCCCAGGAUCUCGCCCCAUCCGAGGGAUGGGCCGUGGAUGCGAGACCCACGCGGCCUAAAAAAUGAGUUAAGGGUCAAGUCACCCGACAAAAGGCCUGUAGUAGGGGUCACCAUGGACGAAUUCCGAGCUUCCUUCAAAGCGGAACGAGAGCGGUCACUCAGAAUCGCCAGGGAACUCGCAGCAGAGAAGAGGCUCGGCGAGAUGGAAAUCCAAAUGUUCGUUACGAUGUGGCGAUCAGUUGAUAUGACGCGGACGGAAGGCUGGACAGACGAUGAGAUCGAAUCAGCCUUAGAAAAAUACUAUACUGGUGCUCACUACCUCACGCCCAACAAUAUCGCAACCCCCAGGAUGAUUGAGCAGUUUGGUGCCGAUUGGGGAUUGAACGCCCGAGGUAUUUACUACCGCCAUUUUUAUUCUCCGGGGUGGGUUACGUCCGAUCACGAUCUCUGGCUACCGUCACUUGGUGGCAUCGAUUGGAAUCAUUUCAGUGAGUCCAGUCGCCGCUCGAGAGCAGAAACUUUCCUCAAGCAUGUUCUCAACAAUGAAAGAUGGAAGAAGAGCGAAUAUGCAUGGGAAGCCGACGCCUGGACGGAUGUUUUCGGUCAGAUGAAGAAUGACCCAGUUCUGGCCGUAGAUAAGCAUGAAUACAACACCGUUAAACUGAAGAGAGACCCUGUGUCAUGUUUAUUGGUGGGUGAGCCUAAGCUCAUCAAGAGAAUCCCAGAUGCAACAUUCGGGCUUGCAACCUUCAAACCGAAAGACUACCAAAACAUUUUAGCAGAAUGGGAUUUGGACCAUGACCGCCUUGAAGCACUCCUACUUCAUCGACAUUGCGGCCUUAUUUCUGAUCCACGCUGGGGCUACGCAGAUCUUGCAUUCCCUUUCGCAGUCUAUGAGGCUAAGGGAUGGGGUGGCGAUGCUCGAGAAGCACGUCAGCAGGGAUGUUCAGCAGGAGCUGUAUAUCUCGAUAUGCUAGAUAGUCUUGCGCGGCAGCCAGGGAAGGUUGGAGAAAAGAAUAGAGUAUAUCAAUCAACAAAGAGCCGCAGCAACAACCAAGUCUUCGUCUUUACCUCAUUUGGAGCCCACUGGCAUAUCCUGGUUGGCUACAAACGACCGCGGCAGGAAAGGGAGUAUGCCGGACAUGAAGGAUUCAGUGAGUCCGUUUAUGUUUUCCAGAGAAUCUGGAGCGGUCGUGUGGUGACUAUACAGAAAGCCUGGGAACUCCUGUCGCUAGUUGAUCAGAUACACCUCUGGGGAGCAACCGAUUUCCGAAAUUCCGUCAUCCAACGUCUGAAACAAUGGCAUGAAUUCGGCAGGAGAUCUUAUGCCAAUGAUGUUGAUUUUGUGGUCUCAAAGCUCAGAACACACAGAGUCAUGCGAGAUGGGAAAGAGUAUCUUUGCAUACCCGCGGCUUGCCUACAACUUCCAGACUGGGCCAACCGUCUCUCGGAGGAAAUUCGGGGCAAGUUACUUGAAAGAGUUUCGUUCCACUUCUACGAAGCCUACCAAAGAGACCUUUCGGCUCUGAGUGAUCAAUGGCCUUCUGUGAUUAGAUGCUUAUUCGAAGACUGUGGUCCACCGGGCACUCCAGGAUAUCCCAUUCUGUCCAAGGAAGAGAUGCUAGAGCACUACCGCGAGAUCCACGGGAAAGACGAUGAAGCAAUAGCUGACCUCAAGCGCCUUUGGGGCGAAGCAGAAGCGAUUGAUAACAAUAACAAUCCACUACAGGUAAGAAAAAGAAAGAGAUCAGGGAGUGGAGAACCUGGACCAUGCACGAAGCGGUCGUGA